GUGAUGGCGGCGGGCGCUGCGGCGCGGCUGCUGCGGCUGCCGCGGGCGCUGCGGGGCCGGGCGCGGGCGGCGCUGUGCGGCGGGGCGGCCGCGGGGCGCGGCGGGCGGCGGGCGGGGCGCUGGGUGGCGGUGGCCUUGGCGGUGCCCGCGGCCGGGGCUGGGUGGGAGGAGAGGCCGGGGCAGGCGGUGCCGGUCUGGGUCGGGGAGCGCGGCCCGCAGCGGCAGCCCUGGGCUUUGCUGCGGCGCUUGGGCCUGGUUCUCCGGCUGAGCCUGCGGGCGUGCGGGUUGCUGCUGCGCUUCGGGCCUCUGCUGCUGCUCUACCCGCUGAGCCGGCUGUGGCCGGGCCUGGGCGCCCGCUGGCUGCGGCUGCUGCGGAGAGCAGCCGAGGCUGCGGGCCCCACCUGCAUCAAGCUGGGCCAGUGGGCCAGCACCCGGAGAGACCUCUUCUCCGAGGCCUUCUGCGAUGAGUUUUCCAAGCUGCACGUUGAGGUGAGCCCGCACCCGUGGAGCCACACGGACGAGCUCCUGAGGAAGGCCUUUGGCACGGACUGGACGGGCAUCCUCAAGUUCCAAAGCCAGGAGCCGGUCGGCUCGGGCUGUGUCGCGCAGGUGUAUAAAGCCUACGCUGACCUGCCUGCUGCCGCCGGCUCCCGGGCCGCGGAGGUAGCACGGUGCUCCGAGGCGGGUUCAGCUUUUGAAGCGUGGGAAGUCUCAGGCUUUAGGGGCCUCCUCAGGUGGCUGAGGAGGUGGAAGAGCGAGAAGAUGUGGGACAAGAGGAGCCGGGAAGAGCUGAGCCCAGCAGAUUGCUCCCGGGGAAGUCCUGUGAGUGGUGCAUCUGUUAUGGAGCAGAUGACUAAACCAGUCCUGAGUGCAGCUCCUUUAUCAGCCAGACAUCUCACACCUGUAGCCAUUAAAGUCCUGCACCCUGGGCUGGUCAACCAAGUCCAGAUGGAUCUGUUUCUCAUGAAGAUGGGUAGUCGCAUCAUUGGACUUCUCCCUGGAUUCAAGUGGCUCAGUUUGACAGAGGUCGUGGAGGAGUUUGAGAAGCUUAUGAUUCAGCAGAUUGAUUUGCGCUAUGAAGCCAGAAACCUGGAGCGCUUCCGACAGAAUUUCCUACAUGUGGAUUUUGUGAAGUUCCCAACUCCCCUUUGGCCUUUGGUAACAACAGAUGUUCUAGUGGAGACAUUUGAGGAGAGUGAGCCUAUUUCUCACUACCUGCACGCAGAGAUUGCUGCAGAGCUGAGGCAGAGACUGGCAAAGAUGGGCAUGGACAUGCUGCUAAAGAUGGUCUUUGUUGACAACUUUGUCCACGCUGACCUGCACCCUGGCAACAUCCUGGUUCAAGGCACAGCCCACGCCAGCAGCAGCUGCAGGGAGCAGACAACCAUCGUGGACCUGUGUGAUACACUCGUGGUGGAGGUGAAGCCGCCCCUCCGGCGGCUCUGCUUGGUGCUGCUGGACGCGGGGAUCGUGGCGGAGCUGCAGAGCGCUGACAUGCAGAACUUCAGGGCCGUGUUCACUGCUGUGGUCCAGGGGCAGGGGGAGAGGGUAGCAGAACUGAUCCUUCAUCAUGCCCGUGCUAACCAGUGCCAGGAUAUUGAGCGAUUCAAAGCUGAGAUGGCGGAACUAGUGACCAGGGUCCGGGGGAACACCAUUGCCCUUGGAAAGCUUCAAGUGGCAGAUCUCCUCUCAAAUGUGUUUAAACUAUUGAUGACCCAUAAGGUGAAGCUCGAGAGCAAUUUUGCUUCCAUCAUCUUUGCCAUCAUGGUUCUGGAAGGUCUCGGUCGUUCACUGGACCCUGAACUGGACAUCCUAGAGGCAGCUAAACCAUUGCUCAUCAAAACAGCAGCUUCUGUCCUCGAAUAGACUCUUGUGGCUGUUCUCCUCUCGCUAUGCAGGGUUACCUGUGCUGUUGGUGAGCUGCUGGAGAAAGAAGCUGAAGAUGAGAAGUCACAUGUAUCUCGGGGAAGUGCCAUGCAGUGGGUUACUCUCCAUUAAUGCUGCCUUCAGUCAUUUCAGCCAAGCACCAGGCAUGGGAUGAUAGAAGGUCUGUUCAAACCAGUAUGACUUUGCACAAUUGGAGAGUUCUGACUCAUAACACAGUUCUAUGAGCUAAUGUGCUCUAGUAGUUCUUAAACUGAUGUAACAUGUAGUUUAGGUGCACAAGAUCACUGCAGCCUGAUGAGAAAAGCAGUCUUGUCUAAAAGUAUUUUAAAAAUGUUAAUUGAUCAAGACCAUUUUGAAACUUAUACAGUUAAAUAUUUAAAGUUAAUGUACUGACUUACCAGUCACUGUGUGUGAGAAAUUAUGUUCUAACACCACUGAAGCAACUCAUUCAAGCUGAAAAAAGCCAAUAAAACUUUUUGGGUUUUUUUUACUUUCUACUUCUACUUUUAUUGUAGAAGUGUCCUGAGAUCCCGCACAUUUUGGAUGAUAAAAACAGAAGAGUCAAUCUGAUUUUUCAAACUUCUAUACCCUAGCACAAUACUGUAGGAGUUUGGAUUAUAAACAGCAAAAGAAAAUAUUUGUCUAGGCAGAAAAGCUAAUUCCAUAAUAAAAACAACUUUGGGGAAUAUA